AUGAAAAAAGUUGGAAUUUAGUUGGAAUUGGUUGUUGGAAAUUCUGAAUGAAUAAUAAUCUGGAAGAAAAUGAAUUAUCAAUGGGGUGCUCCCAGUAUUAAUAAUAUACCAUACAAAUCAAUUUCGGUUACAUGAAAUGGAGAUUGUGAUGUAUAUUGUUUAUAUGUGUAUAUAUAGAGAAAGAUAUAUAUAUAUAUAUAUCCAUAUAUAUAUCAACUUUCCAAAAUUUCCAUGCGAAAUUUUGUCCCCCCUUUUUCCAACUCACGUGUCUCCUCACUUUCUCGCUCCCCUUUUCUAGCUUAUUCAAGAGAAAAAUUGCAGUGAAAGACAGAGAGGAAGAAGAAAAACUUCAAUAAAGUAUAUAAAAUAGAUAGAUAUAGUGAUAGUUGUAUUUAAGUAUGGGCAGAAAGAGGAGCAAGAAGAGAGGUGUUAUGGAGAAGAUUGACCAGAAGUCUCCCAUGGCACAACAAAAGAUGCAGUGUGCUCUUGGAAGAACCCGUGGUGAUAACCAGAAGACUGCAAAUGGAGAAAACAAUUACUCAUCAAGGAAAUCUUUAGAGCAAGAAAAUUCCAAAGCACUGUCACAGGAUUUUAAAAUAUCCUCUGUCACUUGGAGGAACACUGAUCAGAGGUGUACUGUUUUGACAUUUCUUAUGCCUGAACUUGAUGGAAAUUUGAGAGUGGUUGCCCUCCCACUGCAAUACUUUAAUGAUGCCAAGCACUUGAGAUCUGGAUGUCAGAAAGUGCCUUCCCGUGGUGCUACUUUUCCUGUCAAGUCAUUUGCAACCAGAAACUUCCCUCCACCUAAUUGGCAAAGAAACAGAACCUCAAUAAAGAAAGCGAAUGAAUUCUCUGGCAAUUCUUCUUGUCAGCAUUGUCUUACGUGCAAUGGUUCCUCUGCUUUAAUUCCAAAAGGAACAAAUGCUAUGAAUUCACCUGAUACUGACAAAAGCAUUGGUGGUUUUAAGAAAGAGAUGGCAGCAAAGAAAAAUACAAAAAGCAAGGGAAGAAAGAAGCAAAAAAAGAAGAAGAGAGAUUCAUGUGAGUCUGAUCCAACUGAAAUACAAGUUUUACCCAGUACCUGCGGAAGUUCGAAGUCUGAAAUCUUUGGUAACAAGGAAACAGAUAAUGGGGAUGGACUAGUAUCUCAUGACAGGGAUAACAUAAUCAAUUCUAAAGGCAACAGCAACAGUGUUAUUGAAUUUUCCGAAUUGAGUAAGAAAUCUAGGCCUGAUGUUGAGGUGGUGGAUGUAUCAGUAGUUCAGAGUUAUACUCAGGCGCAGCCUUUCACUUGUGAUAUCAACAGAAGAUUGGAGGAAACACAUAUUCCAGAGAUCAGUUGUCAUGAUAAGUAUGACUUACAAGGGUCAAAUUCACUUACUUUAGGCUCUAAGAGUGCUGAUACUGGUAAUUCACUUAUUCUUGGCUCAAAGUGCAGUAAGAAAAUUGGCAGAAGUUCAAGCAUCCAAAAGCUUGGAGGUCAUCCUGGCCAUACAGGAAAGGAGAACAAUCAUGUGUGGCAACGGGUUCAGAGAAAUGACUCUGAUUUGAAGAAAUCAAGCUCUGAAUGCUCUCAGUUGGAUCCUUUGCUGGAAAGGAGCUUUAAUGUUGCUAAAAUUAAUGCAGUUUUCAGAAUUCAAGAUAAGAAGAAAUCAAAACAUAGAGUUGUUAGAAAGUUGAAAAGAAAGAUUAAUGUAGAGUUGAAACAAGAAGAAAAUAUUUAUUUCAGCAGGGAUUCUCAUCGCAAUACGGUUCACGGUUCAGAUGCUCAUGGAGAUACUCAUAUCCAAAAAAAUGAAAAACUGGCUAGCUCAGCUCUAGUUAACAGUAACAAAGGAAUUCUUACCAACACUUAUCCAGGUUGUCCAGUGUAUUUGAAGCUGUCCAAUACAAAUGAAUACAUGAAUUCUAAAUCAGUUCAAGUUUGUCCAGGUGAUUUGGAAUCUCAUUAUAUUGACUCUAACGCUCCCUGCACUCAGAAUGUGGAAUGUCAGGAUGCCUCAUUGCCAAAAUCUCGCAUCUCUUUGAACAAAUCAAAUUUAGUUAUAAUUAAUGAAGUUUCUCAAAGGGAAAAGAAAACCUGUCGUUCAGAAAACAGUAAGCAGAACCAUGGUUCUGGAUCUAUUCUGCAAAAAUGGGUGCCAGUUGUAAUCAAGGAUCCUGAUUUGACAAUGUCUAUUGGAUCUGGCAGUUCAUCAUUAGAAAUUUCUGAAGAUUGGAGUUCAGGGAACUCCAUAGAAGAGAAAGUAGAUUCUACUUCCCAAGAUCUUUUGUCUUCAGAGAAUAUUGGAAUUGAAGAAUUUGAAAAAUUAGAUGAAGAUGAAAGCAGGAAUCAGAAGUUGAGAAGCCUGAAUUCCUCAAUGCUCAAGGAGCACGCUGCAGCUAAUUGGGUGCCAGGUGAAUCUGAAAAAAAUUCUGUGCUCACAGCUGAUUCAGAUGAAAUUGGCAGGGCAGUGAGAGAUGCUUGUAGGGUACAAGUGGCUUCCAAAGCUGUCGGAAUUGAAACUGGCAGUCAAAUUGGGGAGUUUGAGAAGUUUCUACACCUUUCUUCUCCUGUUGUUUCAAACAUUAAUUUAAUACCUUGUACGACAUGCGUGGGGUAUCAAAUUGGACGUAAAGUUUUGUGCAGGCAUGAGAGACCCAAUAUCCCAUUAGGAACCCUGUGGCAGUGGUAUGAGGAACAUGGCAGCUAUGGUUUACAAGUGAAGGCUGAGAAUUAUGAAGAUACAAAAAGACUAGGUCGUGAUCUUUUUGAAUUUUCCGCAUAUUUUGUACCUUAUUUGUCAGCAGUUCAGCUCUUCAAAAACUUUAAACAUCAUUCCAUAAAGGAUAAAAAUGGGUUAUCUAUUCAUCAAACGUCAGAAAAGAAAUCUGAUGUUGAUCAUCCUCCAACAUAUUCAGCAGUUGUUCCUAAGCUUCACACAACUGAUACAAGCAUCCCAUUGCAUGUGAACAGUGCUUGUGAAGAAUCAUAUUCGCUUUCUAAUAAAGAAAGCUCUUCUGUUCCAACUUUUAGCAUGGCAUGGUCUGGUGAACUGGAGCUGCUUUUUGAAUAUUUCGAGUCAGAGAAGCCUUGGCAAAGACGGCCUCUAUAUGAAAAGGUGCAAGAUCUAGUAAGAGGUAACGUCCCUUCAGAGUGCACAAUGUAUGGGGAUCCAGCUAACUUGAACUCUAUAAAUAUACAUGAACUUCAUCCUGGGUCCUGGUAUUCGGUGGCGUGGUACCCUAUCUACAGGAUACCGGAUGGCAACUUUUCUGCAGCAUUUUUGACUUAUCAUUCACUUGGCCAUUUAGUUCCAAGAAGUACCAAAUUCAAGUGCCAGAAUAUGUGUGUGGAAAUAGAAUCUCCAGUUGUGGGUCUCCAAAGUUAUAACGCUCAGUGAAUUCUCAAUAUGAGGCCGAAUCCUUAAGGUUUCAGUUGAAGGUGGUAGUUUUUAAGUCAAAGCAUCACUAAAUUCACCAAACAAAAAGAAUUUUAGGAGAGAGGGAGUACAAUGGCUGGCAAGUAAUAUCCAAAGAUUUGAAGAUCAUCAAAAGAAAGCUCCUUUGUCCAUCUUGUAGGGAACCAAAUAGGUACAGUUUGGCAGAGGUGAAGAAGAACUUGCGGGGUUGUUUCUGGUCAUAACAAAAUACUUUGGGGGAUGCUGGAAGAAUUUGUCACUGAUACCUGAAGUGAGGCAAUAUAGGUUGGAGUAGUUUGGGUCUCUCAAUUGCAAAAACAAAACCAAGUAAACAUCACUUUGAAAGAGAAGAAGGAUCCAAGGAAUGUCCUAGCAAGGUCAGACUGGCGUUUGGAACAGAGGUCAGCAUGGAGGUGAAGAUAGCAAUCAGGUGGAGAUCUAGCUGGUAUGUCGAGAAGGAGCUUAUUUUGGAAUCUGAGUCAAUUUUCAAAAAAAGUAAUUAUUGCAGAAAGAAAUAAGGUUUAACUCAAAAAUGAGAAGAUUUUGCCAGAUAGGGCUGUACCAGCUGAUUUGAAAGUGCUGGAGGGUAAAUUUCUUUUAAAUAUGGUUGACCGAAGCAGGUCCAGAGAGAUUUUCUAGACGGAGAAAGCUAAAAGGUCUCUGAAACAUCAGCAUGCCUCUCUUCUUGACAGAAUUUAGCCUUCUCUAGAAGUCUAAAGAUAAUAUUCUUCCGAAAAUUGAGGUUAAUCCACAGUUGACUGCAAUCAGUUCGGAAAAAUGACCACCCAAGUAACAUCUUAAGACUUAGAAAUAUUCUGAAGAAGAUUGACAUUACUCCUAAGAUACAAUCAAUCAUAAUUGCUGCCUCCAAGGAACCCAAUGAUCUGCUUGUAGCAUCUCCAGAGUUAUCGGCUGGACAACCUGUAGAAGUCCCAGGUAACAAAGGUAUAAAAAGGUGUCUUGAAUCCAAGGUGAUCCAAAGAAAGAAAACAGAGUUUCUGGUGAUUGAUGUUUUAUUAAAAGAUGGGUACUUGACAUCUUGAAAGCCAAUGGCUGGGGAGGUAAAGAUAAGAAUAUGCAGAGUUGAUCUGAUGAAGAUUCUUGAGAUUCUCUCUUUUUGGUCUCUUUAUUUGAGUUGGAGGAAGGUGUUGAGAACGAUCUCCUAUUUGGUUCCACUUUGAAGACUUACUGGUUUAUGAGCAUGGGAAAGAGGAUUUAGAAAAUGUGUAGAGGAUCGUUAGGAGUCAUGAUGAGUCAGUUUUGGAUGGUGUGGGAAUUCUUUCUAAUGAACCAUCUCUUGUGGGUGAGAGGAUGCUAGGCCUGUGAAUGCAAAGUAACUUGCUAGAGUCUUUAAUCAAAUCUCCAGAAAACAAAAUCCUAGUCCUACGUGAGAAGUGGAACGUCCUUCAUCUCUUCAUCUCUUUACAUAGUUACAUCUUUGCUUAGUCUUCAUCCUGUCAGCUUUUUAGCUAAUUUACCCUUGCAAUCCAAUUUGUGGAAGAGUAAUAUUGUGUGUUUUAUUGAAUAUUAAGGUCUUAUAUAUAUUUUAGCAUGAACAAUGAAAGGAAACACAUAAUUAAUUAUAUAUGUGGGUAUUUUACCAAUAUUUCCUUUACCCUAAUUGUACUUAAUGUACACUUUCCAACACUCCAUCUCAAAUUGAUGAAUAGAUAUUGUCUAUUUCCAACUUGACAAUAAUUGUUUAAACCCGGAGUUAUUUAAUCCUCUAGUUGACACUUGGCACGUUGCAAGAUGGUGGACAUGUACGGUGUACAUAUCGAACCACUAUCUAGUUUUUUCUUACUAAAAUGUCUAUCAACUUCAGUAUGUUUGGUCCUGUUGUAUUGUGCUGAAUUUUGAGCAACUUUGAUCAUCAAUUUAAUGUCACAAUAAAGUCUUAUAGACUCGUCCCAUUCAAUUUUCAAAUCUUCCAAGAUCAUCUUCAAUUAUAAAAGCUCAUAUACUUCUUGUUUCAUUGCACAAAAUCUUGACUCCGCAUUGGACAAUGCUACCAUAUUCUGUUUUUUACUUCACUAUGUAGUCAGAUUUCCUCCAAAGAAGGUACAAUAGCAAGUGGUGGACCUUUUGUCUAAUACUAAUGGUGCAUAAUUUGCUUUAAUGUAUGUUUCAAGAAGUAAACUUUUGUUUCUUUUGAAACAUAAUAACUUUUCCUAAUAUCCCCUUCAAGUGGCUGAGUAUUCGGUUUGCUGCCUGUGAGCGUACUUAUUUGGGUUUGUACAUAAAUUAACUUAUCAGACUCAUUGCGUAGGCAAUAUCUGGUCUUAUGUGUGACAAGUGUACCAGUUUUCCAAUUCAGUCUUUGGUAUAUCUCUCUGUUAACUUCAACAUCUUUUUAUACCAAUCCCAGUUU